UGGCUCGCACAAGCCGGGCGCAAGCGCUUGCGCCGGGCCUUGCCAGAGCCAGGCCAUGCCGGCAGUGCGUGGCAGGAUCGGGCGAAAGCCCCUCACAGAGUACCAGGGAUGGCCCAAAGGCAUCUAUCCCAUGAGCGAUGGCUGGGUGCCGCCCUGCUAUCCGAAGGAGGAGGAUCUGAUCGCCUAUGAGGAGAAGAUGAACGCGCGGAAGAAGUCCACCCUGGUGAAGCGACAUUUGUGCGUCAAGGAGCCGCAGAUUGCGCAGCUCUCGAAGAAGGACUUUGCGCAGAAGAGCGAGUACUCGAUGUUGGCCUAUGCCAUGGCGGAGGGCGAGUAUUCCGGGGAAGGUGACGACCGGAGCUACUUCGUCAUCGUCUUCUACGAGCCCUCGAAGAAGAGCAAGGUGGAGCGCGCCUUCAAAUCCGUGGAUGUCGAGCUGGCAGACUAUGAGCAGGUGGUCGUGGAUCCGGAUUCCAAGAUGGAGCAGGAGGAGAAGUUCAUGUACGCCCACGGCGCGGGCGACACCGGGGAGUGCAUCUUCGGCGAGUACGAGUACCAGGUGGUGCCAAAGGGCAGCCCGGAGUAUAACGACCCCUGGGGCCCAACACACCCGGAAGGCAGAUUCUGGGAGUGAAGCCCUCUCUGCGCCCGCACGCCCCGCGAAGUUGCAAAGCACGAAUCUCGGCUCACGUCCAACUGGAGACCCGGUUUCCAGCCGGAAUCUGCGAUUUGAUUCCCUUCA